AUGCAAAAAUAUAUAGUAGCUAGUCGAAUAAAUGUUGCACCUGGUGCAGGUGUAGCUACUUUAACUGCUGUUCGAACAAUUGGUGCUGGAAAUGGUGGUAAUCAGAUUGGUGGUUUGAAUACUGCAGGAGAAUUUCGUAACAAAGCUAGAGCAGAAAUUGUUUUUGGUCAACUCAUGCAGGAGGAUAUAGGUGUUGAAGAGUUCUCCACUCGAAUCAAAAAGGUUGGUAAAUUGGCUGGAAUGACACCCGAACAACAAAGAGAGCAAUUUAUUUGUGGCUUAAAUCCUAUGAACCAAUAUAAUAUUCGAAUGAUGGCUAAAUUUGAGGAUACUCAGGAAAAUAUCACAAGAGCCUUAGCUGAAGCAGAAAAAUUUACACUUUCUCAAAGAAAUGCACCAUCUUCUCUUCCUGUUUUUCCGGCAGCCAACCCCUACAUAGACACUAACAAAUUGGGAAUGACUAAAACUGAAAUCGUGGAUUUGAUAAAAACCGCAAUGACAUUCUCAGAAUCUCAAACAGCUCAACAAAAUGCUGAUUUGCAGUCUACCAUUAAAUCCUUGCAAGAGACUAUGUCUCGAGCGACUAAAACUCUAGAUAAUAGUAAAAAAUCAUCUAAGAAGAGAGCAAAAGAUAAUGCCAUUAAUCGCUUUUUGAGUGACUUACUAAGAAAAAAUUCAGGUAAACACCCUGCUGAUGAAUAUGAUCAUGAUUCUAUAGAAGAUAUUUCAGAUAGUUUAGCAGGAUUAACAUUAAAUAGUGUCAUAAAAACUGCUGUUAAACAGGAAACUAUUCGUAAAGUCCUCCAAAGUGAACUUAAAUUAAUUUUUCCUGAUUAUUUUUCCCAAGACUCUAUUAAAGCUAAUAUACCGAAUCAAGCGCCUCUAAUCCAGGAAAAGAUAGAAUCUCAAAGCAAUACUUCUCUAAUUACCAAGGUGUUAAAAUAUUAG